GGUGGGUUGUGCUCAGUUUUCUUGGUCUGGGUCUUUACCAGUCCUCAGUCUUUACGUUUAGUUCUGAAGGCUUUGGCUUUGGCUUUAGAUUCAAUCGCAUUUAGUCGUGAGUCAGUGAGGUUUGUUGUAUGUUAUAUGUAUCUUGUGAUCUCGUUUGGAGCGACCUAUUACUUUCUUUUUAUUUUAUGAAUUCGUUUAUGUACAUAUUUAUAUUUACUUUUUUUUUGCUUCAAUUUACGUGUAAGAGCGGUUGAAAUAAAUACUUAAUAAUUAUGAUAGCUACUGAUUGGUUCCGUCGAAGAAAUGACGUCAAACUAGUGCCUUAAAACAUAAAUAUAAAAAAUAAUAAAUAGGAAGUAAUUAACUAUAAAACCAGUGGAUUGAAUACAUUUAUUAUAAUUUAUAAUUUACAAUUUCGAAGAAUAAUAUUUUUUUUUCGAGUGAUCUUGAGACGCUUCACACUGUACUGAUCUUCCUUUAAUUUAAUUUUUUUUCAAUAUCAGUAUUUUUGACUUGGCUGUGAAAAUCUUUUGUUCCAACAAUGGAUCCAUACUCAUUAAGUGUUGAACGUGAGGCCUCGAAAAAUAUCGAAGAGAAUGAAAGAGAGUGCUUCAAGGAUGCUAUUGUAUCCUCUAGAAGUCUUAACAAAGGCUAUGUCGAACGGACGCAACUCAAGAAUGCAGUACCUGAGAUUGUUGCUUGUAUUUUGACGACAUCUUUUCACAUUGUCGUGGGGCUUAGCAUGGCUUAUUCGGCUAUUUUGAUCCCUCAUUUGGAAACCGGCGAUUCUGGUCUUAAAGCUACCACAGUAGAAACAUCAUGGACAGCUAGUAUUAUUGUGGUUGCUGUGCCGAUAGGUUCUUUAAUAGUCGGUUUCUUAAUGGAAGCGUUUGGUCGAAUUCGAACUCUUCAACUAGGUGCGAUACCUUGUAUAAUUGGAUGGAUAUUAAUAGCAACAGCCCAAAACAUCCCUAUGAUAUUAGUAGGGCGUCUAUUAACGGGAUUAGCGAUAGCAACAUCAACAUCGCCCUCAAUAGUUUACAUAACAGAAGUAGCAACACCAGAUCUUCGUGGAUCGUUGAUGUCAUUUGGACCAACAUUGGCAUCACUUGGAAUGCUACUAUCAUAUUUGAAAGGCGCUUACUUACCAUGGAGACUAGUCGCGUGGUUGGCAACUAUUUAUGCAGUAGUGCCACUCUUUUUAGUACAAUUUUUCGUUCCGGAAUCCCCAGUUUGGUUAGUGUCUAAAGGCCGAAUAGAUGACGCUAAAAAAUCGCUCGCAAGAAUUUACAAAUCCGAAGAAAAAGGAUUUGGAAAAAUGUCACCGGCUGAACAAGCAUUUACCACAAUUAUGAAAGAAAAUGAAAUAAAAUUGAGUGAACAAAGAAGAAGUAAACGAGGAAGCUUGUCGACAAAGCUCCGAGCUUUCUUGAAACCAACUGGAUGGAAGCCUAUGAUUAUUCUUAUAAUCUUUUUCUUGUUCCAACAAUUUUCUGGUAUUUACAUCACUUUGUUUUACGCUGUCACAUGGUUCCAGGAAGUAAAAUCCGGUGUUAAUGAAUACACUGCAUCUAUUUUAGUUGGUCUCACACGUUUCUUAUGCUCGAUGGUCAAUACAUGGCUUUUGAGACGGUACAAAAGACGACCACUUUGCAUAAUUUCGGCGUUGGGAAUGGCUGUUUGUAUGUCAGUAUCAGGAUACUUUACCUUACAAAUCAAGAACGGUAGUACGAGUGGAAACUGGGUACCUGUAUUAGGUCUUCUACUUUAUGUAUGUACGUCGAUGAUUGGGAUGUUAACUAUUCCAUGGACCAUGACUGCUGAACUCUUUGGAUCCGAAAUUCGAGGUGUCGCACAAUCUGUCAGCUAUGCUAUGGCUAAUGUACUUAUGUUUGCUGCGGUACAGAGUUAUCGAGAUUUAUCUACAUUGUUAGGAGGUUCACAUGCUAUCCAGUGGUUCUUCGCAGGUGUUUCUGUUGGUGCAGCAGUAUUCGUUUGGCUUUUACUUCCUGAGACGCACGGUAAGAAAUUGUCGGAAAUAGAAGAAUACUUCUACAAUAAUACUAUUGCGGCUGGUGCUGACGCAAAAGCUCGUCGAAGAAGAGCUAAGAGACGCGCAGAACAAAAAGCUCAAGCUCAAGCUAGUGUGCCAUUGAAUCCAACUCCAAAGAAUGCUGAACCGGUCUAGUGAAAAAAUAACUUAAUUUUAUUGAUAAGUAUGAUUUAUACCACACAUUUUUUAAAGCAUUGAAUACUUUUUUACAUUUUCUUUAUUCAAAUCUAUCAUUCCAUUUAGUAAAUUUUUUAUUGAAUGAUUGAUUUGAACAAGUCAAAUAAGAACUUUGUUAAUUGAAUAUUUUGUUAUAAAAAAAAUCUAAGAAGGCGUUAUUAA